UCUCUCUCUCUUAGCAUCAUCGCGUCCAUGUCGCUGGAACAGUAGUAUACUUCGCAAGCUUACAAGUUACAACACCGCCGCGCGCGGCAAUUAACCGCUAGCUAGCUACCUCGGAGGCAGCUAGCUCACCCUCUCUCCUCGACGAGGUGUACGUGAAGAAGCUACCUAGCUAGCCCGAUCGAGCGCGCAUGUUUCCGGCGGAGGCGUCGUUCGCCGGCGCAUCGCGGCAGGGGGAGCUGGCGAUGAUGCUGCCGCCCUUCUUCAUGGGCGGCUCCAUGUGGCAGUCGCCGGGUGACGACGCGGCCGCCCUGUUGACCGAGGAGGACGAGGCCGCGGCGACGGCAGCCGCAGAGGCGGCGCACGACCGAGCGGUGGCGGCGACGCGGAACCACCGCGAGGCCGAGAAGCGCCGCCGCGAGCGGAUCAAGUCCCACCUCGACCGCCUCCGCGCCGUCCUCGCAUGCGACCCCAAGAUCGACAAGGCGUCGCUGCUAGCCAAGGCCGUGGAGAGGGUGCGGGAGCUGAAGCAGCGCAUGGCCGGCGUCGUCGGCGAGGCCGCUGGGGCGCCGGUAAGCCACUUGUUCCCGACGGAGCACGAUGAGAUAGUGGUGCUCGCAUCUGGGGGCGUCGGCGGCAACGCGGCGGUGUUCGAGGCCUCGGUCUGCUGCGACGACCGCUCCGACCUCCUUCCUGAGCUCAUCGACACGUUGCGCGCGCUCCGCCUCCGGACGCUCCGCGCCGAGAUGGCCACCCUCGGCGGCCGCGUCCGCAACGUGCUCGUCCUCGCGCGCGACGCCGGGCAAGAUGACGACUACUCCAUCUCCUCCGAAGACGGCGGCGCCGGCUUCCUCAAGGAAGCCCUCAGGGCUCUCGUGGAGAGGCACGGGUCGUCCUCCGCCGGCGGCGACCGGCCCAAGAGGAGACGUGUCUCCGACAUGAACAUGCAAGCGGCAGCCUAGCUAGCUCGAUCAUACUAGCUAGCUGAGGAUUGCAUAUGGUUAUCUCAUGCCAUGGUACUAGUCCUAUAUACGUGUUUGUCUCCAAAGUCAAUUAGUUUUGUGUGCUAAUUAGUUGCUCCAUACAUUUAUGGCUAACUCUCUUGGUGAUGCCAUUAUGCCAUGUAUAAUUAGGAAUACAUAUAUUAUUACCAUUAGGGUUUGCUUGAGCUUUAGCCAUGCAAAUGUACGUUGCUCCAAAGCCAUUGCAAACCCAGCCCCUAAAUAACAAAGAGAAUUAAUGCCACCAUAUGUGCACAAUGCAAA